AUGUACGAGAAUGAGUAUAAAAAUUCAACGUUAGUAAAAAGUUUGAAACGAAGAAGCAGGGCAGAGCAACACAAAGUAUUAAGAUUCUCAACCAUGUUCCGUCUUACUAGUCUCGCCCGCACUAUUCGUGCACCUGUAGUUGCUCAUACUCUUGCGCAACCUCAGAUCUUGCGUGGAUCAACAAUUGUAUUGCGUAAAUUCAGUCAGACAACUCUUGCAUGGAAUCAGGGGAACCCUACUACGCCUCCUAUAGUGCAUUCAGAAGCAGAAGACGAUUUAGAAGAGAUAGAUCCUAAAGAUUAUCCCGAAUUGUACCCCACUGAAGAGGAGACGAUACCAACAGAAAUUACUGGAGAAGGAGUACUUUCAGAUGUAGACGACACAGGCAUGGAGACUGGUGAAGUAGACACAGAAUGGUUUGUCGAUGCUGAGAAUCAAGAUCAGCAAGGAAAUGAGGAGUUUAUUCCUCUGUGGCAACGCACAGCAAUGAAUGGUCAUCUACAGGAUCGUUGGGCUAUUCAGGAAGUGUCAAAACAAUUAAUGGAGUCAGGUGAAUUGACAGCAGAGACCAUUCAAGCAAUGUUAGAGGAAAAUAGGAUGGAGAAUGUAAAGGUGUUGGAUUUGCGUGAAAAGUGCGACUGGACAGACUAUAUGAUCAUCGCGGAAAGCCCUAAAGGAGACAAGUUCCUUGGAAGUGUAGCGGAUCAUGUACAGCAAGUAGUACGCAAAACAAUCAGAUCCCAUCCUCAUCAACUCGCUGCCCAACCAACGCCUAGAAUCGAGGGCCGUAAUGAUCAAUCAGGCUGGUUAUUGAUCGAUCUUGGCCGGUUUGUGAUCCAUCUAUUUACGCCUGAAGUGCGUCAAUCCUAUGAUAUUGAAGGGCUUUGGAAGUAUGUUCCAACUGAUCCUUCGCUCCCAAUGCCCUAUAGAGACUAGAAACAUUUUCAUUUUAUUAAAGAAGUGUGAUGUCAUUGAGGUAACCUUCCCAUGCCAUCACCAUCCGAUACAUCCU